UUCAUGUCAUAAAUCUUUAGCACAAGGUGCGAUGUUCUCAGUUUGGCCAAGAGGAGUUAGUGGCAAGAGGAGACAUGUUAUACACAGAACUCAGACUGGUGAUGAUGAUGCCGAUGUGGAUUACAGUGAUGCUUUUGAAUAAAAUCGAUUCUGCACAGACAAACGAUGUCAGUCAGCCGAACCCAAUGAUCACUGCUGGUGUUGGUGAGAAAGUGACUCUGCACUGCUUUAGACUGGGAGAGGAUAAGUCUGGAGCCAUCAUUUGGUACAAACAAAAAGUCGGACACGAGCCUUGUGUAAUGGUCACAGUUCAACGUGAAAUUCAUUAUGAGGAUGAGUUCAAGUCACCAAGAUUCAGCAUCGAGAAAGAAAAAACAAGCUGCCAUUUGGUGAUUGCUAACGUGGAACCAUCAGAUGAAGCUGUGUAUUACUGCGCGUAUAGACAAUUUUUAACAAGGUUUGGAAAUGGAACAUUUUUAUCAGUGAAAGGUGAUGGAGAUGUAAAAGUGUCAGUGUUCCAGAGCGGCGUGUCGGACUCGGUUCCUGCAGGAGCGUCAGUGACUCUGCAGUGCUUGGUCCUCUCUGAGAGCAGAUCAGCAGAACUCCAAGUGCUCUGGUUCAGAGCUGCUCCAUCACAAUCCCAUCCUCAAAUCAUUUACACUCAUCACAACAGCAGCCAUCAGUGUGAGAGCGGCUCUUCUACACACACCUGUGUGUACAACUUCUCCAAGAACAUCCUCAGCCUCAGUGAUACUGGAACUUACUACUGCGCUGUGGUCGUGUGUGGGAAGAUCAUUUUUGGGAACGGGACACGAGUACAGUUGGAGAGAUCUGUGGAUCCUGUAGAGAUCUACCUCGCUGUAGCGUUGGGACUGUGUGUGAUCGUGAUCUUUGCUUUGAUCUUUGUCAUAACCUGUGGAAGGAGACACUGUGAACAACGCAGGGUGAGACUCAAACAAGCUUCCGUGACAGACAAGACCCUCAAUCAGGACUGUGACAAUGCGGAGCUGAAUUACGCUGCCUUACAUUUCAAUGGGAGGAGAGCCAAACGAGGAAGAGUGAAGAAACCACAACCUCAAGAUGUUAUAUAUUCUGAUGUACGAGGUCUUUCUGUAACUUAGAUUUUAAUCAUGAAAAGCGCUAGUGAAUAAGGAAUAAAACAACUCGGGUGUGCUGUUUCUACUGAAAUUUAUUAUUUUUCUGUAACGGCACAUCCUGAAAUGUUUUAUAUAUUAUAUACUACAGCGAUUUGUAAAUAAUUACAACUUUUUUUGUGUCCUUGCAUCGACUUUAAGUAUCAAAAGACAAGACUGUGGUCAGACUGAUGGAAAUUAAGUAAUAUGUGGUAAUUGUUAGGGAAACGUCUA